UUUUUUUUUAUUUUUUUUAUUUUAUUUUUUUGAACUCACUCUUCCGGUGUCCAUCAACGACAAAUCACAAGUCAACAUGCCUCUUCCUUCAGCAGACGAACUCGAGCAACUCGAAGAUAUUGAAAAGCAGUGGGCUGUCAAGGCGAUGCACCACGCCGAGACCUACUUCAAAUUGAUCUCUUCCAUUGACGGCAGCAAGCUUCGCCUUACAGGCAUUGAUGAUGAAAUCUAUGAUGAUUUCCAGCAGUCGUUCCCCGAGAUUGAUGUGUUGCAUUUGGAUGAAAAGCAUUUCAAGACACCCGAAUACAAGGAAAAGUGGCGUACGUGGAUCAACAAGUACGAGAAGCGCGUCAAUGAAUUCAAUUUCGGUUCUUUGAUCCGUAUUGAUGCCAGAGAGGACUACACUGAGCAAAACACCAUGUUUGGUGUCCGCAUGCAGUUCUAUGCUGUGGAAAUUGCUCGCAACAAGAAAGGUCUCAACGAUGCCUUGCGCAACAAGAACUAGAAGUUAUAGAUCACCUUUUUUUUAGCCUUUUUUUUUUGGAUUUCCACAUUGUAUAUAAACGGAAUUUUUGUCUAAAAAACAUAAGAAAACAAAUGAAAAUUGGCAGCCUCGAUGUUUGCUUAUACAAUAUUGCUUGCCGUGCAUAGAAUUUCAGGAAUGGCGCAUUGAGCAGAUGGAGGAGAUGAUCGCUAUUGCACGCCCAUAUAUGGUAAAUUGAAGCUUGGCAAUGCCAAACGAUCAGACUGAAUGUCAAUUUAUUUUGUGAUCCUUCCUUGAAAAAUUCUGGCCUACAUGCAUUAGAUACCUUUUGUCGGGGGAGGGGUGACUUUUUUUUUU